AUGGUAGAACGAUUUAAUCAGUCAUUGGAAAGGUACCUGGCAAAAGUUGUGGAAAAACGGCAACGAGACUGGGACAGGCACAUACAACCGUUUUUGUUGUCAUAUCGAAGCGCUGUUCACGAAAGUACAUCAGUGACGCCAGCUUUCGCAAACUUUGGGAGAGAAUUACGGCUGCCUGCAGACCUGAUCACCGGAAUACUUCCUGAUGCCCCACGCAGUAUAACCGAUUAUGCAAAUGACUUGCGGAACAAAAUGAAUGACAUUUAUGAGCACAUCAGACAGUCGGGUCAGCAAACGUCUGAGAAGAUGAAAAUACACAACAAAGUGUUUGACGAAGGUUCAUUAGUGUGGUUACACAAUCCAGCUCGCAGCGAAGGGAAAUCUCCUAAGCUUCAAGCUAAAUGGGACGGACCGUACCGGAUUGCGACAAGGAUCAAUGACGUAACCUACCGGAUACAGAAAGGUGCCAGAGGUACUCCUAAGAUCGUCCAUGUGGAUCGACUGGCGCGUUAUUAUGGGGCCAAUAAUGCUCGGGACGAGCAUGUCUUAGGAGGGGGCAGUGUUGCGCGCCACUAUUAA